AUGUCGAAUUUAGCUUCUGCUAUUGUUGUUGGAAGUCCGACAGAAGAUGCUGAUUCAAUUUUGCCUAAUUCGAAACCAAUUUGUUGUGCUGUCAAUUCUUCUACACAAUUUGCUAAUUCAAUUGUUAGUAAUUCAAAAUCAAUUAGGAAGAAGACUUAUGUUGUUGAGUUUGAGGAAGGUUCUGAAUCUGAGUUGCUACAGAAGCAAGUGAAAGAUGAUGAAGAAUCUUUUGAAUUGUACAAUGAGUAUGCUUUUGAGUUUGGUUUUAGUGUUCGUAAGGGUAAAACAAGGUGCAGGGUCAAAGAUGAUAGUAUUUGUAUAAGACAAAUGGUUUGUUGGAGGACUGGUUUCAAGAAUGUGAAUAAUGUAGGACAUAAAUCAUAUUCAAAGGUUGAUUAUAGAACUGGUUGCAGAGCUUAUGUGCAAUUUCAUGUUGAUGAAGAUGGUGUUUAUACUUGUGUUGCACAUGUUAUGGGACAUAAUCAUGCAAUGGUUCCACUUCAUGAGCGUCAUUAUAUUAGGUCACAUAGAUUAGUUCGUUCUGAGCAGUUGGCAUUUAUUUCGAACUUGAAGAGAAGUGGAAUUCCUGUAGCGGAUGCUAUUCGGGUUAUGAGGAAAGAAGUUGGGGGUUCUCCUAACCUAGGUUUUAUGGCUAGUGAUGCCUAUAAUGCUCUUGCUGGUGAGAAGGUUAAAAGUAUUGAUUUUUCAGACUCAAACCAGUUGAUAAAGUUUUUUGCACAAAGGCAAGCAAGUGAGGCUGAUUUUUAUUAUGAUGUGCAGUUGGAUAAUUGUGGGAAUUUGGAAUGA